ACCGAGUUGUUGGUGGGCAAAUUGGUCGGAUACACUUCCAUGGAGGAAACAGCGUCUCGUGCUCACCUGAAGCGACCUCUUUCAGAUGACGACGAGCCGAACAAACAGCCCAUGCAAAAGAAAGUUAGGUUCCCCAAGGGUAAGAAGGUGAAGGUCGGAGAUGAAGUUGCAAACGUGAGCAAAGAUGAGGAAGUUCCUGGCGAGGGGAAAACUGCUCGGCUUGCUGCCAAGGAACGCGCAAAGCGGCGGAAUCAGAUAACUGCUGAACUUUUUAGCGAAGAAGGCUCUGCGGGCUUUACUGAUGUAUUGGCUGCGGAAGUGCAUUAUGAGGAGGAAAAUGCUAAUUUUGAUGACGAUGGGAUUCAAAUAGAACCUUUUAAUCUGAAGCACGAGAGGGAAGAAGGCUAUUUUGAUGCUGAUGGAAACUUUGUUGAAUAUGUCAAUGAUAAGGAAACUAAGGACGCAUGGCUAGAUAGUGUUGAGGUUGAUACCAAAUUUGCUUAUAAGUGUUCUGAGAUAACAAAUAAUGAAGAGGAUACUCAUGACCUCUCAGCUGAGGACAUUGGAAAAAUUAAGAGGCGUAUUGCUGAUCUCCUUGAAUCAGGGGAAACGGUUUUACAAGCUUUAAGGAGAUUGAAAGGGACUUCUAGUGACAGGAAAGGAAGAAUGUCAGAAGAUAUAAAGCUAAUGUUUGACCAACUUACUGAAGACGCUAUGAAUCUUCUGGAGAACGGUGAUUACAAUGUGUACCAUGAAAAAAAGGAGGUCUUUGAGCGAGAGGCAGAAGGAUAUGAGAGGUUAGCUCGUGCAAGGGAUGGUACAUCCGUUAGUGCUCGUAAUGGCAAUUCUGAUUCCAUAACUGGGCAGGACAUGUUCUCCAAUGGACUGGACUCUGAAAGGGCCACCUCACAGCUUCCUGAAAUGGCCUCAGGUUCUACCGCACAACUUUCAUCCAGCGAUGCUGCUGAUUCAUUUGACAUGUUUGCGGAAGAUGAAGAGAAUGGUUCUUGUAAUCUGUCUGCUGAUGCGAAUGGUUUGGGUUCUGGUUGUGCACCAGAACCAUUCUCUCAACCUGCAUCAGGAAGCUUAAACCAAGAUCCAGAAAGUGGAGGUCCGCAAACUGAUUAUAUCUAUGAUGAGUCAUCUGGUUAUUACUACAGCAGCAGUUUGGGCUACUAUUAUGACCCUACAUCUGAACUGUAUUGCUGUGCAACAUCCGGAAGCUGGUACUCAUUUAAUGAACAGACUGGAACUUAUGAUGAAAUCCAGAAUGAGACCACAUCCAUCUGAGAUAUAGGUGAGAUCUCAAAGGACAUGUGACCAUUACUGUGGUGUUUCGGUAGCUUCUCGACCAUCAAGAAUGGCCAUUGCCAUAGCGUUUGGCCGUCUUUGUAUCAUCAGUGUGUUCUAUGUAAGCAAACCUACUGCUGCACCAUCAAAUCCUCACCGGACAAGCAUGAUCGUUCUCAUCCAUCUGUUCAUAUGAUAUCUGCUCUUUCAUUCUCAAAGGUCAGUGAACCCAACCAUCAAGUUUGGAAAGGUAAACAUUGUUUGUUCCAACAUGAUUCAUCCCAUUGGAACCUAUUUCUGAUUUCCAU